GGGGGGAGGGGCGACGAGAGGAUGGCGACGGUUGGCCGGUUAGGCUGUGAAUGGACAGCAGGCGGCAGAGCGAAGUGACGGAAGUGAAAUGAGAACAGGAGUAGAUGGCGGGAAAGAUGAUGUAGAGGUAAAAUAAGAUAAAAAACAAAGCGGAAAAGGAGAACAACAAGCAGAGUGAAAGUAAACCUGUAAUGUGGAGGAAACAGACAGUGAUCAUAAAAUCGUCCCCAGACAGUCGUUGUUCGGCCUCUACCCUAAGAUCUGACCACCUUGGGUGUCCCACCUGAAGGCUAAGCUUCUGCUGUUCCAGCUCUUAGUGUCACUGAGGCACGCAAACUCUGACUGAGUCCAGUAGGCGGGAUUAAUGCACCUGUAAGCUGAUUUGUCAAACGCCAUCAAGCCCUGAAGAAGAACGGAGGAGGACAGCACUACUGUGGUAGAGGAGCGGUGUGUGUGCAGACAUGGCUGCUGUUGAUGAAGCGGACUGAACUUAGAGGCGAGACACAAACUAAAGUAUCCAUCCCCUCACGUCAGUGUGGAUCUGACACCAACGUCUGUAUCACUUCAUCGAUGCUCGAUCCGCUCAGCCUGAGUUGAAGCAGCAAUGAGUUCAGUUCAGUAUCUGAGAGAGUUCAUCAAGGAGAGACUAACUGCUGUUUGUGAAGAAAUCUUCUCAGAGGUUCAAAAAACCAUCGUCCAGUAUGAGGAGGAGAUCAACCGUCAGCACAGACUGCUGGAUAUCAGCCGGAAACCCAACAUAAACUCACACAUCAUAGACCUCCCACAACAACAUGACUGUAAGGAAGAGGAGGGUCUGGAUGAGCAGCAGGUCUGUAACCAGGAGAGGAACUCCAGUGUGGACCAGGAGGACCCAGAGCCUCCACAGAUUAAAGAGGAACAGGAGGAACCCUGCAGCAGUCAGGAGGGAGAGCAGCUUGGACUGAAGCAGGAGACUGAAGGCAUUAUUGUCUGGACUGAUGAAGAGCAGCUCAGACUGAUGGAGACCAUCUGGAAACCUGUGAUAAAGUUACACAGAAUAGAUGUCCAACAGCAGCAUGCUUUUGAGGAAGAGGAGAUUUUUACCGACCAGCAGAUCUGUAACCAGGAGAGGAACUCCAGUCUGGACCAGAAGGACCCAGAGCCUCCACAGAUUAAAGAGGAACAGGAGGAAGGGUGCAGCAGUCAGGAGGGAGAGCAGCUUGGACUGAAGCAGGAGGCUGAUGUCUUCAUGGUGACACCCGCUUACGAGGAAAGUUCCCACAGUGAACCAGAACCAAGCAGUGAGCAGCUCCUUCCUCACAGCUCUCCUGAAGCAGAGAGCCGAGAUUAUGAAGAAAAUCGGCAUGUGCACUCAGGAUCUACUAGAAAUGCAGAGCUGAAAAAGAGACACAGAAAGAGAAGUCGCAGUCAGAGAGUAGACAACACUCCUGUGUCAGCGGGUCAAAGUAGAAAGGCCACAAAGAACAAGUCUGUACAAUGUGACGUGUGUGGAAAAACUUUGCAGAAUAAAUACAAAAUGACUAGACAUCUAAGAGUUCACACAGGUGAGAAGCCGUAUUCUUGUAGCACAUGUGGGAAUAGAUUUGCUGACCCAUCAGCGUUCAAAAUACACAAGAGAAUUCACACAGGUGAGAAACCGUAUUCCUGUAGCACGUGUGGGAAAAGAUUUGUGACCUCAUCAGGGUUCAAAACACACGCGAGAAUUCACACAGGUGAGAAACGGUAUUCCUGUAGCACGUGUGGGAAAAGAUUUGCUGACCUAUCAGCGUUCAAAAUACACAAGAGAAUUCACACAGGUGAGAAACCGUAUUCCUGUAGCACGUGUGGGAAAAGAUUUGCUGACCCAUCAGCAUUCAAAAUACACAAGAGAAUUCACACAGGUGAGAAACCGUAUUCCUGUAGCACGUGUGGGAAAAGAUUUGUGACCUCAUCAGGGUUCAAAACACACGCGAGAAUUCACACAGGUGAGAAACCAUAUUCCUGUAGCACAUGUGGGAAAAGAUUUGCCCAGAGGAUACACUUACAGAAGCACAUGAGAAUUCAUACUGGUUAAAAUGUUCAUACUUAUAAAAUGUGGGAAAACCGUGAGUCAUUGGUGAACACCUGAGAUGAUCCAUAUUAAAGUCAAUAUUUUAGAUCCACAACAGUAAAGACAUCUUGGGGUUGUUUGUUCAGUUUAUUACCAUAUUCUUUUAUUUACAAGAAAACUUUAAUCUUACAUUUCACCAAGGUUAAGGUUCAGUAUGCUCCUGUUCUGCUGGUUCAUUGUUAAAUUUCAUUGAUUUAAGUGUUGUUCAUGUGUUUUUAAGGUUUAUUAAGAUUUUAAGAUUUUUGUCUUACAAAGAUGUAAUCUCAAAUGUGUGAAAGCAGCAUAACAGAGUGUUCUGCCUUAUUUUACACAAGUUUUUCUUUGUUUCUGACAGUGGUGUUCUAUCAGGACAAGCUUGCACUGUCAUAUUUAAAACAAUACUGAUAAAUUAAAAUGUGCCAAAAUAAA